UCCAGUCUCGUGCCGCCCGGCCCGGCCGCAGGUCCGUCCGUCCCGCUGCCCGCUCCAAGAGCCGAUCGGUGGAGCGCUCAGAGCCGGCGCCAGUGCCAGUGGUGCUGCUGUGUGUCUGUGGACUGGACUGCUGCCGCGGCCCCGGCCGCCCCACAACGCCUAGCCAGGCGCUCUCUGGUAAUUCAGGGAAAACAACAUGAAGUUAAACACAUCAAAAGCAAUUGUCUCGUUAUGCUGCCUUAUGGUGGCACACGCGCAAUAUGACACCCAGCUGGUGCGGCCGGCCAAUAUGCCUCAGAUCACAAACCUGGAGGUCAUGUGCGCCAAAGAUCGCAUGACCGUCCAGAUCGGAUUCUCGCAACCGUUCCAGGGUUUGGUAUUCUCCAAGGGUCAGUUCAACAGUCCGAACUGCGUCUACGUUAAACCCUACACAUCACUGGGAGCGUAUACGUUCGACAUCUACUUCAACAAGUGCGGCACGAAGCCGGACCUGAACGGAAAGUUCUACGAGAACACAAUCAUCGUCCAGUACGACAACGAACUCAUUGAGGUCUGGGACGAGGCGAAGCGCCUCCGCUGCGAGUGGUACAACGACUACGAGAGGACGGCCACCAAGCCUCCGGUGGUCAUGGCUGACCUCGAGGUCAUCGAGCUCAACUUCCGAGGCGAUAACGUGGACUGCUGGAUGGAAAUCCAGGACGGCAAGGGGCCCUGGGCCAGCCCGGUGACCGGGAUUGUGCCCAUCGGCUCCACCCUGACCAUGGUGGUGGCGAUCAACGACCCCAACGCCGAGUUCGACAUGCGCGUCAAGAGCUGCGAGGCCUCGGACGGUAAGAGUCUGCCCAUCUUCCUCUCUGACGAGUACGGCUGUGUCCUCCGGCCCAAGAUGCUCAGCAAGUUCCAGAAGCAGCGGAGCAGCGACGGACGCGCCUCCGUGCUCACCUACGCCCACUUCCACGCCUUCAAGUUCCCCGACAGCAUGUACGUGCACCUGCGCUGUAAGGUGGAGAUCUGCCGACACGGCUGUCCGCGCCACUGCCAGAGGCCGGCCCCGGCCGGGGGGUAUGGAGGACACCCGCUGCUGGCCGGGCAGUGAGAGGGACCAGGUGAGCGUGGCCGGACUGCCCGACCCGAGGACUGCCGGAUCCCAGACCGCAGCCGAGAGGGUGGACCUGGGGAGAAGCUGCAGUACCUGACCGAGGACACCCCGGCUCCGGCCCCCACCACGACCUCAACUCCCGAGCCCGCCUCCGCUGAGGACGGGGAACAGGUGGCGUCCUCUGCGAACCUCAUCACCCGCCAGGCGGUCCCACCGACACGCAAACCGCUCAGCCAGCGGUUCGACUUCGGCGGCCUGGCGCAGAAGCUGCGAGAGCUGGUCGGUGGGAAGGCCACCAUCAGCCGAUCGGACACGGAGGAGACGGAAGAGCUGCCCGACCCCAACGAUAUCCCAGUGGCGGCCGCGCAGACGGGCGCCGACCCCGCCGCUGGCUCAGCUGCCGUACCCUCCCUCUCCUCCGGGGCUCCCGCCACUGACGACUCCGACAAGGAGCCCUCGGACGCCGGACUGGGCAGCGUCGGCACGGACCGCACCAAGUUCCCGUGGGGCCCGCGCAGUCUGCACGUGCGCCGCCGCCGGUACGUGGUGGGCGACUCUGGCCGGUCCACAGACGUCGGUGUGACCUCCACACUGGAGGUGCUCUCCAUCAACGACCUCCAGGAGGCGUCCGGCAGCGCCACUGGAGCAGAGCGCAGCACCCCUAUCCUACAGGGACGGAUCGUCUCAGCCCGGCCCGGCGUCUGCCUGCCGGCGGCCGGCUUCGCGGCGCUGUUCGCGCUCCUCGCCGUGGCCGCGGCUGUCGCGGCGAUAGUAGCUGGCUUCCUGUGCCGUCACCGGCCGCGGGCCAAGCACUGCGAGCCCGUCUGCCGGCCUGGGCCGCUGGGCGCGCCCAUGACCGGCCCGCCGUCUCUGGCGGGGUCCAUGGUGGGCCCUGCGUCCAUGGCCGGGUCCAUGGCGGGCCCUCCGUCCCUGGCCGGCUCCAUGGCGGGCCCUCCGUCCAUGGCCGCUCCAUGCAGGGCCUGGUGCCGACUCGCCACUGGAACAUGGUCGGCUACAUCCGACAGCGGCUGCACGUGGUGUUCUGAGCGGGGCGCCAGUGCCGAGGACGGACAGCGGGAGUCUGUUGUGAUAGCCGAGCGGCGGUACCGUGGUCGGGCGGAGCUCCGGGCGCGGCGGGGCCUCAGAGAACCCUGCCGUCCCCACGGGCCAGUACCGACCCGCUCGGCAGACGGGGUGAGCGGGUAAGCCGGGAACACGGACUCGACAGGCCAAACGGCGGGUAUACACGACACUUCAGCAGCUCAUUUUAGACGGAAACACUUCAUUUCAUGAAGCAGUCCUUUAAAAGCACUCAGCAGUUCAGCACAUUUCAUGCAUCCGAGUGUUCAUUCUUAGCUGAUAGAUCCAUCUUUAUCCUAAGCUUUGUGUAAUUGUUGUCGCCGUUUCGCCUCUCGUUCUGUCGUUCCCGAUAGAGUGCAUAGUGGAUAUUCUGAGGGCGAUAGGAGCGGCGUCGGCCGCACAGACGUUCCUGUCCCGGUCUAGAGGGUGCCGCCGCCUCGGGGAACCUGGUCCUGCAAGGGUACUGCAAUAGGGCUCUCCUAGAUACCGGACUGAAUGACUGAGGUUAAAACUGACUGAAACACUGAACCAAUCAUUUCUUUGACGAGCAUGGCCGCAUAAGGUCGUUUUCUGGGACUGACUACUGUCACUAAGGCAUUCUUUGCCUGACGAGACGAUUCUGACCGACUGAGGCAUCCAGUGGCCGUUAAGUUAGACGACCACUGCCUGGCUCGAGCGUUUUUUUUUUCUUCAUAGAAUCGCUGACCGACUGACGGACCCAACUGGUGACUGACUGACGACUAAUCCACUGACGGACAUCUAUCGCUCACCGAGGCCCUUUCUUCCCAGUACUCCCUUGGAAUCAACCGAUCCCUACUGACCGACGCGUUGACUGACUGAAUUUCCAUCUGAGCUGACCUGACUGUCCAUUCCGGGCUUUUUGACCUUUGACUGAAUGACAAUUGACAUUGGAUGACAUUGAACUGAACUAACCAUUAACUGGAUCCACGGCUAGCUGACCUUUGACAUUGCCAUGGACUCUGCCAACCUUUGACUGAAUCACCGCCUUACAUACAGUGUCUAGGAGAGUCCUGAGCCCCGUGUAACAGCCCCUGCAGACUAAGUGGGCCCAUGUAGUAGCACACUUGCCGACGACCAGCUGUCGUGGGGGCGCCACUGUUCCCCGAUUGCCCCUGUCUGUGCGACUGUGCUCUGUAGGUGUGUGUGUGCGAGUGGUGUGCGUGUGAUAGACGUGUUUUGAAACAGUCACUCGCAGUGGGGCCUCAGCCCGGUUCGGCUGCUUCGUGUCUGUACAAUCAGAGCUAUCGAUAGGCUGAAUGGCGCGAUGAGAUGCAGUUGAAUAUUUAUUGAGUGUUCCUGAUGACUCGCGCGUGAUCGCGACGCGGCGCGACGAUCCGAGAUUGGUGCUGCGCUUCUGACUGCGGCGCGGGAGCGCGCUGCGGUGCUCCACACCAGUCCCGCCCGCGGUACAUACUGCUGUUAGGGGGUGUUCCACAGAGCAGCACCGGUCGUUGUGUCGCUCCCGGUAACAGGAGUGUUCCGUUGUUACGUUCCGUGUCCGCCCCGCCGGACAGCACUGCUCACAGGGGCGGUGUAUGUGGGGGGGGGGGGGUCACACCCGCGCACCCGGUCCAGUCGUUUUCAUGCACGUUCUUCAUUGUGUACAAAGAGUUAUCUAAGUAGCUACAUUAGUCCGGCGUCACAUCUGAGCCCAAUGCGGAAUGAUUUUUUUUAUUGCAGUUUUGUGACUUUCUUCGAGCGAAAGUUCCGCAAACGUCCCCGGGUGAACUAAGUGAAAAUUUAGGAAUGCCUCCUGUAUGGUGCCGAGGGGCACAUCGCUCGAUGUAAUGAACUUACAUAGAACUGAAUAUUUGCUCAUGCACUGCUGUAUUGCUCAAUGGUUUCUGCAGGGCUUAUUGCAAGUUAGGUCAGGUAUAACCUAAUAACUAUGUGCUCAAUAUGUCUUAAAUUCAACGGUGUCGACAGCUAUUUGUUACUGGAAGCCGUUUUGUGUUACGGCCUUUGCACAAAUCACUUACUUUGUUGUGCUCUAAACUGUUCCGAGCCGUGCGAACUUGUUACACUGUAUUGCUGAAUGGUUAUUUAUUCUAUUUAUCAAUAAAACAAUGAACCUUUA